AUGUCAGACGACGAACCCGAUCUCGAACUGCUUGCCCUCCUCCGGCAGCACCUGCAGGGCAAGCUCAACCUCAACGAGGAGCCCGAGACAGGCGUGCUCGAGGGGGCAGAGUAUGUCUACGACAACUCCAUCGACGUUGCCCUGGACAUGCGCUCGUGCAAGAACGCGGCCGCCGUCAUCUACGCGCAGAUGCAGCAGAAGCAGUUCUCGCUCGCCUCUUGGUCGGACCACGAGCUGCAUCCCGACCGGUUCGACAUCGGGGACGAGGACACCGUCGCCUUUGUCUUCACCAUGGACCUGCUGAACUUUUCCUUCUGGUCGGAGAAGUCCGGGGCGGAGCGGUUUGCGGUCGAGUACCGCGGCAAGCGGUGGACGGGGUAUUGGAGCUUGGUGGCUGCGAUGCAACGGGCGAUAGACGAAGGAAUUCCCAUUACGGACCCGCAUUUCUGGCAGAAUGAAGAGGAAUGCACCUUGGACGUCCUGAAAAAGGUCUUCAGGUCGUGCACUGACGAGGAGAUGCCGUUGUUGGCAGAACGGCUAGCCUGUCUGCGUGAGGCUGGGCAGGUGCUGUAUGAAAAAUACCAAUGCCACCCCAUAAACUUGGUGGACGCGGCGAAUGGAUCCGCUGCCGGCUUGGUCAACAUUCUGGCGCGGGACUUCAAGUGCUUUCGCGAUGAGCACACUUUUGAGGGACGGCGGAAACCAAUUCGCUUCCUCAAACGGGCUCAGAUCCUGGUUGCCGACCUCUGGGCCUGCUUCGAGGGCGAGGACUACGGAGAGUUCCGGGAUAUCGACAAGAUUACCAUGUUUGCGGACUACCGCGUGCCCCAGAUUCUACACAAUAUGGGGUGCCUUUACUACAGCCCCGCGUUGGAUCUCGCCAUACGAGCUAAAAAGGACAUCCCGCAAGGAGGGAGCUGGGAAAUGCAGCUACGAGAAUUGCUCCGCAGGGAGAUUGCGAAACAACACCCCAAAACUCACAUCAACGCCAUCCUCUUGGAUUUCUUCCUGUACGACACGAUGAAGGAAAUGGAAGACUCAGGAAAGGAGAUUGUCCCACAUCACCAGACAAGAAGUAUCUGGUACUGA